AUACGCUUUCUAGAGCACCACUCAGAGAACACGCUUUAAAUGAAAUUGAUAAUGAUUUGUCACUACAUUGUGAUUUGUUAAUGAAAAGUAUAAAUUUAUCUGAUAGUCUUCUUAGUGAAAUCAGGGAAAACUUAAUUAACGAUGAAUCACUGCAAAAAGUGAUUUCGUAUAUCAAAAAUGGUUGGCCUUCCAAUAAAAAAUUAGUUGAUACACUGGCUAUGCCAUAUUAUAACAUUAAAGAUGAUUUGUCUUUUAUCAAUCAACUUUUAUUAAAAAAUAAUCGUAUAAUUAUACCACAUCAACUUCGUCACAAAACAUUAAAUAGUCUACAUGAAGGACACAUGGGAAUUCAGCGUUGUCAGAAUUUAGCUAAAAGUUCUGUUUAUUGGCCAAAUAUUAAUCACGAUAUAUUUAAUUUAGUUUCUAGUUGUGAAAUUUGUGCUAAAUACAAAAAUUGCAAUGGCAAACAAGAGCUACUGCCUCAUGAUAUUAUAGAGUUGCCUUGGUAUAAAGUGGCUUGCGAUAUUUUUGAAUUUGAAAAGAAACAAUACCUUUUGGUUGUUGAUUAUUAUUCAAAGUACAUUGAAAUUGAUAUUUUAAACAUGGGUUACUCUAGCAAGCAUGUCAUUACAAAAUUAAAAUCUAUUUAUGCCAGACACGGCAUUCCUAAAAUUUUUGUUUCAGACAAUGGCCCUCCUUAUAAUUCAAAAGAAUUUAAUCAGUUUUGUAACGAUUGGUCUAUUGAACACAUAACAUCGAGCCCUCAUUUUCCGCGAUCUAACGGCAUGGCAGAGCGUUCAGUUCAAAUUGUAAAAAAAUUAUUGAUAAAAUGUAAAGAAACAAAUUCAGAUUAUUACACAGCGUUAUUGCAUUACAGAACAACUCCUAAAGGUGAAGAUGUCAUGUUUAAGCGUACACCGCUUUCAGUUUGGUAUCCUGCAACAGUUGUAGAAAAAUGUAAAGAACCAAGGUCAUUUUUGGUAGAAGACAAUGAUGGAGUGAUUUAUCGAAGAAAUAGAGAACAUUUAAUGAAAAGACAAAGUGUUUUAGACAAAAUAGAUGAAGAACGAGAGACUGUAAAUCCAAAUCAAAGUCCUGUUAUAGAUCUAAAUUUAAAUAAUGAAAAAAGUGCAAAUCAAUAUGUUACUCAAAGGGGAAGAAAUGUGGUAGCACCUAAUAGACUAAAAUAUGAAUAA